AUGCCUUCACGGCGGCCAGCCGGCUCUCGCAAAGGCGCAACAACCCCAAACCCUCGCCGCAAUCCAUCGCGAAAUGCUGUCAACCCAUUAUCCUCUAUACCUACACAAAUGCGUGUAACAAAAUCCCAAGGUCGGGGUGAAUCCACUAAAGAUAUUCACGAGCUCCGGUCCAACGCUAGGUCAACUCCACGAACCCGGACCCAAGCUCGACCUCAAUAUCGCGAAAGCUCCGAAGACGAGUCACCUACAGAAGAAGACGAUGAAGAUUUUGAAGAGCUCUCUCAGGCAGCACCGCAAACCACUCGUAAAAGCGCCCGAGCGGCUAUCUCAAGAGCCGCUUCCGACACUCAGCAAUUAAGGAUAAGUCGCGCAGCAGCUAGCGCCAACAAAGACAGCACUUCUAAACCUGGCAAAGGUACCACUAGUCAGAUCCCUAAAAAUCCAAGCAAAAAGCGAGGACGACCGUCAAAAUCUACAAGUUCAACUACUGUCGCGGACAUGUCCUCUGACGAAGCUGAAGAAGACGACUCUGGCGAUGAUAUUGCUGUGAAGAUAUCACCGAACAAGUCUCCAAAUGUCAAAACUGGCCGCAGUCGUGGACGACCUCCGCGCAAGAAGGUUAAAUCCGGCAUUUCUAAGCUAGAAAACUUGGUUAUUCCUAACUGGCUAGACCCUCGCAUGGAGCACGCCAUUUGGGUUCAAGUGUUUCGAUAUGCUGCUGUCACAGGCGAUGAACAUGACAUCUUGGACUCCAACUGGCUUGUCCGGACGGCUGGGGUAUGUCGGGUCUUUACAGAUCCCGCUCUGACAGUGCUUUACAGGCGGCCGCCUAUCAAGGAUGAAGCGAAAGCCCAAGGGCUCGUAGGGUUGCUCGAAAAGUCACCCUCCAUGACCGCCGUCAAUUACAGAGCAAAGAUUGAGGAGCUCCAUAUCGAUGUUCGACUGGUCUCCCUGCAAGGUUUCACGUCUCCUGUCAAAUUGAUGCAGAAUCUACCUCGCCUAUCGGAAGUUCUCCUACUACAUGGAUAUGACCAAUCGCCCUAUCGCCUGUUAAGGGAGCCGAUUAAAUGGACAUAUUCUGCAGAGUUAUGGCAAGCAUUUGAUGUCUCACCUACUGCGGACGAAGAAGCAGGAGACAAAACCAGCAUCACACGCCUCCACAGUUGGCAGUGGAGUUCCAGGCUAAUGGACAAGAAUUGGGAGGCCAGUCUUGCCAGAAUGAAGCAAGUGCAUCAAAUGCCGAGUUUUGUUUCCUUGCGCAAGCUUAAGCUCGUCAACUAUCAACUCCCGUCUGUCAGACUCGAAAAGGAUCCCGGAGCUGACCCAGAGCUGCUUGCUGAAGAUGAACAAUCCGUGAGGUUGAUCGCGAGUGCUCUUUCGACCUUGGAAAAUCUCGAGCAACUGGUUUUUGAGUCUUCCACCAUCAUGUGCACAAUGCUUUUUCCACUGCUUCCCCCAAACCUGAAGCGUCUUGAGCUGGUCAAUUGUGCAGAGGUUACUGCCGAUAAUCUCGGGUCCUUCUUGAUUACGAAUGGCCAUCAAAUGGAAGCGCUUGUUCUUAAUCACAACCGCUCGCUAAAUUUAGCGUUUCUUACGAUGUUGGGCGCUGCCUGUCCCCAUCUCAAGGAGCUGCGUGCGAAUUUCAAGUACUUCAGCCUCUUGGAGACGGUCGAUGACAAUGAUCCCUUUUACGAUCAUUUAUUACUCCCUGAACAGGUACCCAACUGGCCCUCAGCUCUUGAGGUUGUCCACCUCGAGAAUCUCCGGCAAUGGGAUAUGGCAGCCGCUGAAAUGCUCCUUCAGUCAUUCAUCGACAGUGCUUCGGUUCUGCCUAUGCUGCGGCACUUAUCGAUCAAAGCUAUGCUGGACAUCCCCUGGCGCUCACGUAGUGAUUUUCGCAAGUCAUGGCAAGAGAAAUUCGAGAAGGUUUUCCUUCGCCCGGUUACGGACCCAGAACCGAACUUCACGCUGCGUAAGCAAGCUAUAUCUGAACCCGCUCAAGAGGCCACUGUGAAACACAAGCCCAGAAAGGUUCCUGUGGAGCCGACCCGCCGGAGCAGUCGCGUUGUACCACAUGCAUCACGGCCUUCUUCACGCGCCAGCAGCACGUUGAGAGAACUUCGCGACCAGCAUCGAAAACCGCAGUCCUACCGUGAGCCAGAUAGCGAUGAGUUUGACUCUGGUGACGACGUCGGGCUAGAUGAAAACUUGGGAGAUGUUGCUGGGAGUGGUUCUGACCAAAACACCGAAGAAAGUUCAGAAGACCUCGCCGCAUCAGACGACAUGUUUAUACAAGGUCUUUGUACUGUUGUCGAUAUCAACAUCGACAACCAGAAACCGAGGGAACACCAGUACAGCAUGGACGAUUUUCUCAAUGACGAGGGUGAUUUCGAGACCGAUGACGAAUGGGAUGGCGACUUGGACUUUGAAUAA